UUGAAAAGGAUGCCUUCAUCCCAGUUGGUUCAUAUCCUCCUGGCAGUGGCUGCUCUGCUUGUAACCGGUGAUGCUCAGGAAACAUGUCCACAACUUAUAGCAGGUCCUCCAGGUCCUCCUGGACACCCUGGACCGCAAGGGUUAAAGGGCAGACAAGGCGAGAAGGGAGAUCAUGGGAUACCAGGUCUGUCUGCAUCGGAGGAUCCUAAACUGCAAGAUGACCUUAAGGAAAUCAAAUACAGAAUCACCAUAAUAGAAAGAGCCUUGGCUUUGAGUGGAAAGAUUGUAACAGUUGGCAGUAAAGUGUUUGCCAGCACUGAAAAAACGGCUGAUUUUAACAAUUCAGUAAGAAUCUGCAAAGCAGCCCAUGGCACCAUUGCUUCUCCAAUGAACAAGAAGGAAAAUGAUGCUAUUAUGAGCUUUGUUAAAUCCUUUAACACAUAUGUUUACCUGGGCAUUACUGAGGGGCAUGUUCCUGGGGAAUUUCAGUACCUGAACGGGGAGUCCCUGAAUUAUACAAACUGGUAUGAAAAUGAGCCCACAGGGAAAGGGGCAGAAAAAUGUGUUGAAAUGUACAGUGAUGGCACCUGGAAUGAUAAACGGUGCGAUGUGUACCGCCUCACUGUCUGUGAGUUUUAAACUGAACUGUCACAGAUCUUAAUAAAGGGUGUUGGGUGUUCUUUUUAGGUUCUAUGUAAUUGUGGGGUAUAGCAACUAAUCAGAUAUGUAACUUGAUAAGUUGUGAUUUUUCUGUGUUCAGAAAGGGAAAUCAAUAAAAGCACAAUGCAUUGCUUUCCUUUUAUGUUUUCUGAGUGCAAAGGAUGAGCUAAACUAACUGGGUCAAUGUCAGCUUUGUUUAGAUGCAGAAUUGGAAUGUCUGAGACAUGACUGAAAACGUGAUAAUAAAUAGGAUGAUCAGUUAAGAAUUAGAAUUUGUUGCUAAUGUCGUUACUGAGGGGGGAAAUCCAGCUAAGACAUACGGAAAUGUGUGUCCAUGGGGUAUGUAGGGGGAGAUCUGAGCUGAUCUGAGCAGAUAGUAAUGCUGUGGUGAGGUUCCUUUUUUGUUCAAUUUGCAAACCUACUUCAAAAUGAACUUUAUAAAAAUGGUGGCAAUGACCGCUCCCCACAUCAAAUGGGAGGUGCCUUUUGCGUGGUCGCCUGCAGCCCCCUGGAUC